GUUUGAACUCAGCACGAUGCCAGCCAGUAAAGUUUGAUAUCUCGUGAGUCUUUGUCUUCUUCACGUUUGUGUAUCUCUUGUGUUCUUUUUGCACUUGAAACUUUCAUAAAUAGAAAACAUUACUGUGCUUAUCAUUUGUACAAUUUUAUAAUUAACUAGUGUUGCGUAUGUGAAAUGUUUAAAUGGUUGUUGGGACAUUGAAAUGAAAUAAAUAAUAAAUAAUCCAGUGAUCUUUCAGUGAUAAAUCAGUUCUUCUGUUGAGUGCCAUCAAAGUUUGUUGUUUUUUUGAUAGUUCAAUUUAUUGCUGUUAUUAAUUGUUGAAAACAUGGAUUUCCUGAUUUGUUAAUGUUUUACUGGCAUAUAAUUGGGGGAGACUACGGUUUUUGUGGCGUCGCAAUUUUUUUUUGACUCGCAAAAUUGUUGUAACUUGGUACAAUGUACUUGCAGGGUGAUUUUUUUCCAUCAAACGGUGCGGCCAAAGGCCGCCACCGGAGAGAACCCUCUAAUUCUGUAGUCCAAAAUUAUGCCCAUGUAUAAGCCCAUGAAUAAGCCCAUAUAAAUCAAAAAUUUAAAGUAUCAAUAUCUCGAAAACUAAGUGAGAUAUGAAAAAAUUUUAUUCUCUAUUUUCGUCUUAUUUUGGACUGUUCUAUCGAAAUUCAUUGUCAUUUCGUGGCGCCACGGAAACCGUAGUCGUGCCUAUAAUUGUGUAUGAUUUUACGUAAAACAAUAUGUUGUUUGGUCACUUUUAUCUUCGUUUAGAUAAUGUUGCUGACGAAGAGUUAGAAGUGAAGAGCUACAAUAACCUGGAUCGUAUCCAAUAAAUUUGACGUAAUGUUAAUUGUUUAGAGUUUAAGUUUAAAUCGGUUAAUCAAUUUUGUCUAAAAUUUAUUUUAUUAUAAAAACAAAAAUUAUAAAUUAAACACAAAAUAUUACAAAUCAAAGUACUGAGCAUUGAUGCACUCGUUGAGCCUUGGCACCUUCACGUAAGGUACUAGUGAAAGAUACUUUUUUGACUUAUAUCUAUAGUGUCUAAAGUACGUUAGUUUAUGGAAUUCAGUAAAAUGGCAGCAAAAAGAUUACUGUUAUCGGAAGUUAAUAAUAGAGAGAACAUUAGAUGACAACAACUUAUUAUAAUGUUGGCAUAAUGAUAAAAGCCAGUCCAAUGUCCGGAGAUUCCAACAAGCUAAAAAAAAUAUUUACAAAAAAGUUAUCUAUUAUUAUUUAAAUACUUAAGGUAACAACAUAAAUAAAAAAAGAAAAAUAUUUAGAGACUUAUAAAUACCUGAAGAAGCGCUAGAAAAAUGGAUUGGAUUCGUAAGAAAAUUUCUGAGAAAAAGAAACCACAGUUGAAUGAUGAUCUUGAGACCUUAACCGAGAGGUCAGAACGAUGGAGAAGCAUUUAUGUAAUUUAUUUUACCAUGUUUUUAAUGUCGUUGGGCUUCAGUAUCGUCUUGACUGGAGUUUGGCCAUAUUUAGAUAAAUUAGAUCCAACUGCUGGCAAAGAAUUCAUGGGCUAUGUGGUAGCAGCUAAUCCAUUGGGUCAAAUGUUAUUCUCUCCAGUGGUUGGUUGGUGGGGAAAUAAAAGAGGAUCCGUUAGACUUCCGCUUCUCAUCACUUUAGCACUUUUUGUCAUAGCUUCAGGAAUCUACAGCACGUUGGAGAUUAUUCCUGGGGAUAAAAAAACGUGGAUGAUAGCAGGAAGAUUCUUAGUAGGCGUUAGUUCUGCAAACAUUGCAGUAGCAAGAUCUUACCUCUCAGCAGCAACUAGACUAUCAGAAAGGACCCAAGCAGUGUCCAUGGUUUCUUUGGCUCAAGUGUUAGGUUUCGUUGUCGGUCCUGGACUCCAGUCAGCAGUAACACCGCUUGGUAAUGAUGGUUUUAUUCUUUUCGGGUUACCCUUCAAUAUGUACACAAUGGCUGGGUGGAUAAAUGUAUUCAUGGGAAUCCUCAAUUUCUUCCUUUUCUUGCCGUGGAAUUUUGUCGAGCGCAAAAUAGCUGCUCGAGAAGCGAUGAGGGAUCAAGGAAAAUCAUCAGAAAAAGAAACAUGGAAAGCUAUGAAGCCUGAUUAUUUAGUAGUAUGGACAUUAAUUUGUGCAUUUUUCAUUUUGGUUUUCAACUUUGUUCUCUUGGAAACACUCGGCACACCAUUGACAAUGGAUCAAUUUGCUUGGACGAAAAAAGAGUCGCUUUACUACAUAGGUCUCUUAUUGAGCAUUGGUGCUAUCAUUGCUUGUGUUAUGUUUAUAAUAAUUGGACCGUUAUGCAGAAAGUUUGCCGAAAGAAAAAUUAUGAUUUGGGUCGGAUUUUUCUUCAUGUUAAUUGGCCGAAUUGUCUGCAUUCCUUGGGGUACUGAUACACCUCUGAUUGCCGAAAAAAAUGAUAUUAUCAAUGGAACUACAUUCCUUAAUGGAACCGAAAUAGUUGGCUGUCCCAGUGACCAGGAAUGGUGUCGAUACACUCCUCGGAUGACAGUUCUCCAGUUCGUGAUUGGCUAUGGCUUCACAACAAUCGGCUAUCCAGUGGGUGUAACUCUGGUCCAGACGAUUUUCAGUAAAAUUCUUGGCCCGCGUCCUCAAGGUGUCUGGAUGGGUCUGAUGACCGGUGCUGGAUGUGCUUCACGUGUAUUAGGCCCGGUGUUUAUGGGACUUAUCUACACCCGUUUAGGAACAUAUCACACUUUUGGUAUCACUGGAGUGACUUUGAUAAUCGCCAUGAUUUGGCUGCAAAUAAUGGACGAGCGUCUGGUGCCGAAAGUUACCGAAAAGGUUGUGAAAGAUCAGAAUUUGAUUAACAAUUCAGAAGUUGAAAAUUACACUAGUGAUAAAGUGAAUGUGGAAACACCAUUUUUAAUAGAUUCUAAUAAAAAUGGUAGUGUUAAAGACAUUGAAAUGCAAAUUUUAAACAAAGAUAGUAUUAAUCAUGAUAAAAAUAGUGAGCCCAAUUGACAAAUUUUUUAUCAUAUUCCUAUGUGAACUUUUUAUUUUAAAAUCUAACUUUUCAUAGCCAUAUGACAAAAAAUGAAAUCCAUAUUAUGAGAAUAGAUGUAAAAUUCUUUAAUCAAUCAAAUUUCGUCCCUUGCCUUCAACUCAAAGAGAUCAUUUUCUCGUAGUUGAAAUAUUAGACUUUACUCCCGAGAUUUAAAUUAGACUAUUUUAGUGAGAUUAUAAAUAUUUUAUUCAAGUAAUGUGAUUGAUUAAAGUAACAAGAGACUUGAUAUAAAAUUUGACGAAUUGUUUAUUUUUUUGAGAUUUUCAUAACUAUGAAGACCUAUUUUUUAUAUAAUAAAGUUUUUCAAGAGCCAUAAUAAAAGAUAUUUUUCGCCAA